CAACUGUCACUUCAAUCGUUAAUCCCAUAGUAACCAUGGUCACACACUUUUACCCCUUGUUGUGGGUCGGGCUUCAUCUGAUGUAGCGGUGGUCGCGUUCAAUAUUUAAAGUUAUAACCCGUUUCUUCCUUCCCUCCAUCUGGUCUGGCCCCCUUCCUUUUUUGCUUUCAAUUUUUUAUCAUUUUACGACUUCAAUAUGCUGGGACAUAUGAGGAUAGCUUUCGUUCUUACCGCUGCUGCGACUUUUGUCAUUUCCAGUGUCCAAUCAUUUACUCUAAGUCAAGGAUGCCAGAGCUCGCUCGAGGGAUUGUUGACAUCACCCGAUGCUGCCUGUUUAAACCCCUCCGCUAUACUGUCCUUUGUCGUUGGCAGUAAUUCGGGAUCUAUUCCGUCAACAGUCAACACCUGGCUCACGGGCAUCUGUUCCUCCGGAUCCUGCACUAAUCAGUCUCUCUCAAAUGUGGUGACUAACCUCACCUCCGGCUGCAGCUCCGAACUUUCCAGCCUGGGCAUCACCACAUCUUCUAUCCAAAGCGAAGUAAUUUCCAUAGCUCAAGAAGUUUACCCCACCGUUCGUGAAAUUGCUUGUUUGAAAGAUGACACAUCCAAUCAGUUAUGCGCUGUGGAAACGUUGAACAAUCUACAGAGCGUUGUCGGCCAAUUGAACGUUACUGAUCUGAGUGUCUUGAACUUGUUCACAGACGCGGAGACGUUAUUCGCUAAUGGUGUACAGAAUGUCGCGUGCACAGAUUGCAUGAAGGAGAGCUUUUCGAUUGCAAAAGCCAAUUUCCCGAGCCUUGUGUCACAAGCUGAGCCCGAUGCACAAGCUCUAUGUGGAGCAUCUUUCCUUGAUGGAAAUCUGCCCAGCACCGUUUCUCAGUCAGCUAAUGAUGCCGUAUUUUCAAGUACCUCAUCAUCAUCAAAUAGCAAUGCAGGCUCCAGGGUAUCCUAUGCUGCUUUUGCUCCAGCAGUCACGCUCCUUGGUGGUAUUUUUGUAGUUUUUGCCUUCCUGGGUUAGUUUCUGCUGCGUUAGCAUGGACAAUGUCAGUAGCUCACGCUCAAAGAGAUGGAGAUCAUUGCACGAAGGACUAUCAAUAUUAUUUACUUUCCAUUUCGGAAGAUACCCUUUGCUUACUGCUUAUAGCUAAUGUCGGACACAAAUUGUUUUUGUUCAUAGCACAUCAUCGAAUAAAAGCACAAUUCAUCAUGUGUCACAAGACUAGAGUGCUAUUUAGCAACAGAGAAGGUCGUCAGUAUCAUGUCGUCGUCGAUUUAUCGUAAAAGGUCAU